AUGUCUCGAAUCAACAAUGUUUUGGGUAAAAAUUUCAUCCCACUUCUGGAGUUUCAUGACUCUAAGUGCUCAGUCCUCGCUUUGCUGGGUGAAGCGAAGGCCAAGUUGGAUGUUUGGAACGGCGCCUGUGGGAGCAAGGAGUCUGUGGAAAUCCUACUGGAAGACUGGCAUAGAUUUACUGGAGAGAAAAAGUUCCUAGCUCGACUUGAAACUUCUUUUCGAAAAUGUGAAGAAAUGUACAAGAACUUGGCCAGAGAGUGUGAGAGUAUUAAAGAGGAGUAUAUGAUGCUGGAAAAGAAUAUCCACACGUGCAAACAAUCCAUCCAUAACAUGAAGGCGACCCUUCAAAGAGUACUGGCGUGUUGGGCAACUUUUGAGGAAGACCUUUCCCUACUAAAGACUUCGUUUGAGGUGACAAAGAAGGAACAAAUUAAAGAGGUUCCCAUUGAGACUCUUUCGCAGUGGAAUGCAAAAUACACUUCUUUGAAUGAGGCAGGGAGUUUCCUGAUUGAAGUCAGCAGUACAGAAAUUGCAUCAUCUGUUUCUAAAGAACUGAGAAGGCUGAAUAAAAGAUGGAGAAAGUUCAUCACAAAAACUCCACUCGAGCUGAAACUGCCACUUGUGAAAAUUCAGGGCCAGCUCACUGGGGACAGUUCUGGACCGAGCCUGUCUAAGGAGUCAGCUCUGUCAGCAGAGCCUGGUGGGAGCCCUGGUGAAGGCAUAAAGGCUGUGGAACAGCAGGAAGUAGAAGAUGAAGAAUCAGCUGGACAAUUGAAAGUGAAUGAAGAGGUUGAAGAACUCAUCAAGCAGGUGAAAAUCUGGGAGUCAGAAACCAAAUCCACCUUGGAUCUCCUGCGACAUCAAGAUGAGGAUGGCUCCUCAGAGGACACCUUGCAGCAUCUUAUUGCUAAAGGCUCCAUGUAUGAGGAACUUCUGGCCAGAACGGAAGAUACUUUACAGAUGGAUGUUCAAAGUGCUUCGAACCGGGAGUCCUUCCAGAGUGUCCUCAGAGCUGGCCUUCAGGCAAAGAUUCAAGAAGCUAAGGAGGGAGUUCAGAUCACCAUGGUAGAAUUGUCUACAGUGUUGAAGAACAUAAGUAGUGAGCCACUGAAGCUAGGCGUGAAGCUAAAGGUGGAGGAGGCCCAGAGGGAGCUGCAGUCCUCCAUCUCCAGAGCUGAGCAGCUGCUUAGGCAAAGAGGGCGCCCUGGAGGACUCAUUUCAAAGUACAAGGAAGCAUUGGAAAUUUUUAAUACCAAUAGUCUGGCCAAGUAUCUGCAAGCUGUUGAAGAACUGAAGCGUACUGUCCCAGGUGGUGCAGAGCUGCAGCUGGCAGAACAGAGUCAGGAGGCGAGGGCCCAGUGGGAGCCUCUCCAUCACGAAAUUUCUUUGUAUCUCCGACAACUAAAAAUAGACAUCGAAGAAGGAAAGCUUAAAGACAAUAUUGCAAAACUUGAAAAGCAAAUAAAUAAAGAAAAGAAGCUUAUCCGUAGAGGGAGGACCAGGGGCCUCCGCAAGGAACACGAGGUUUGCUUUUCUCCGGAAAGCAUCGAGUGCCAGCUGGAACACCAUGUGGGUGUCUUGAGGGUGCUGUGUGAGGAGCUGACAUCACCAGAGGAUCAGCAAAAAUUGAAGGAAGCUCUCCGAGGCUAUGAACAAAAGAUAGAGAGACUUCUGAAAUGUGCUUCUGAGAUUCACACCACCCUGCAGUCCUCCCAGGAAGGUGCACUGAAGGAGAGGGGUGCCUUGAUCACAACUGAGAACGGCAGAAGGGAUGCACACGGCGAGGCACCGCCUGAGGUAAUGGAACCCAUUAAGAAUUUUAGUCAGACAUCAGAAUUAAAGCCUCAGCAAGAAGAAAACGUUAUGGAGAAGGAAGGAAAGGAUUGCAGCGUCUCCCUAAAUGAGUUACAGGACAGGUAUGACAUACAAAGGGAGAUUCUUGAGCAACACCUGCAAGACAGCAAAUCCACGAUCGCAUCUGACUUUCCCAGUGAGAGUGAGAGGAGCAGUGCCUGCCUGCAGGCUAAGCUGACAGAUCUGCAGGUUUUACAGGCUGACACUAAUACUUACUGGGAUGAGUUUGAAAUCACUUCACUGAAUUUAAAAAGUCUGGUGAGCGACGCGGAGAAGCCCGUGCUAGACCAAGAGAGAGACUUAUUAAAGGGGAAUGAACAGGUUCUUCACGUGCUUCUUAACACCAGAAUGGAGUCACUGGCUACGGCGCUACAGAUAGUUCUACCUCUGGAGAAGGAGUGUUCUCUCCUGUGUGCCUCUGACCUGCCCCUCUGCACGGUGGCUGUCCAGGACCUGCAUCCUACUGAGAUUGAUGGUGUCUAUCAGAACCUGCGGGAUAUCCGAGAUUCCAUCGCAAAGCAGAUCAGAAACUGUAUCAGUUUGGAAGAGCCUAGUAACUCUGUACCAAGGGAGUUGCACACACUAGAUCAGUGUGCGAUCCAGGACAUUGUGCUGAAGUGCAGACUCCAGCUGGAGACCAUGAACCAGAAGGUAGAGAUGAGAGAAGAUGCCCUGGAUGCUCUGGAAGGGUUUUUGGCAUCUCUGAGAGCAGCUAAGCUCUCUGCUGAGCUCCCUGCCGACCCUCCUGCCUCGAAAGCACCAGAAGAUACCCCGAAAGUCAGAAGUGCUCGGGAAGACGUUCUCCUGCUGAAAGAGAAGGCCAGGCCUCUGGAUGAACGCUUGAGGACACUCGGUAUAAACAUCAAGGAUGCUGAGGGAGGGGACAAUACCACCUGUGAGAGACUUGUUGGCGAGUUGUCAGUAAACUUAUUAGCCAUGCAUGGCCAGAGUAAAGAGGAAGAACCUACUGAGGACAAGAAGUUACUGGAAGCUUGUAGUUCCAAAAAUCAUGAGCUCUUUAAAAACAUUCAAGACAUCCAGAAUCAGAUCAGUAAAAUUGGUCUUAAGGAUCCCACAGCUCCAGCUGUGAAACAUCGGAAAAAGUCAUUACUCAGGCUGGAUAAGGACCUAGAUGGACUUGAAGAAGAAAAGAUGCUCAUACAAAAGAUGGCUAGUUCUCUCCCACAAUUCAAGGAGGACAGUGAGAAAAUCGUGAUUCAACAGUGUGAAGAUACAGCAGCCUUGUGGGAGAGUACGAAAGUCUCUGUCACAGAGAGCCUUGAACAGUGUGAAAGUGUUCUGGAGCUGUUAAGACAAUAUCAGAAUAUUAAAAACAACUUGACAGCUUUGAUUCAGAAGGAAGAGGGCAUCAUCUCUCAGCAAGCUUCCUACAUGGGAAAGGACAACUUGAAGAAGAAGCUAGCCGAGAUUGAAACUGUCAAAGAAGAAUUCAGCAACCAUUUAGAAGUUGUAGACAAGAUAAAUCAGAUUUGUAAAAACCUACAAUAUCAUCUAAAUAAAAUGAAAACCUUUGAAGACCCCCCUUUUGAAAAAGAGGCUAAUGCUAUUGUGGAUAGAUGGCUUGAUGUAAAUGAGAAGUCAGAAGAAUACGGUGAAAAUCUUGGGCGAGCACUGGCCUUGUGGGACAAACUUUUAAACAUAAAAAACAACGUUGACGAGUGGACUGAAAAGAUCCUUGGAAAAGGAGAAUCCCAUGAGCUGACUGAAGAGGACAGAGAAAGGCUGAAGGAAGAGUUAAAAGUCCACGAAGAACAAACUGCAGAAUUUUCUAGAAGAGUGGCUGACAUACAGUUGCUCCUUCAGAGUAAUGAAAAACCACUUGAACUGCAGGUCAUGGAGUCCUCUGUCCUGAGCAAGAUGAAAAAUGUAAAAACACAUGUUACAGGAGAAUCUAAUAGCUAUGUGCCCAGUGGAAACACAGCUGAGCUAAGAGACGAUCUGGACCAGGCCAAGACCCAGAUGGGGAUGACGGAGUCCCUCCUCAACGCCUUGUCUCCCUCUGAUAGCCUGGAGAUCUUCACGAAGCUUGAGGAAAUCCAGCAGCAAAUCUUCCAGCAGAAGCACAGCAUGACGAUCCUGGAAAAUCAAAUUGGAUGCCUGACUCCAGAGCUCUCCGAACUCAAGAGACAGUACGCAAGUGUCAGCAAUUUAUUUAAUACCAAAAGGAACGCUCUGCAGGAUCACUUCGCCACGUUCUUGAAUGAGCAGUGUAAGAACUUCAAUGAUUGGUUCAGCAACAUCAAAACGAAUCUUAAGGAGUGUUUUGAACCACCGGAAACAAAAUUGAGCAUGGAACAAAAGCUGCAGAAACUUUCUGAUUUCUUGACUCUUGGAGGAGGAAAUAGUAAAAUACAGCAGGUGGAGACCGUUCUACAGCACGUGAAGAUGCUCCUACCCAAAGCUCACGUGAAAGAGCUUGACGGCUGGCUCAGGAGUCAAGAACUGGAAUUAGAAAACAUGGAAUCCAUAUGCCAGGCCAGAGCAGAGGAACUGAAUAACUCCUUUCAGCAGCUACUGAGAUUGGAAGACGAUUGCAGAAGCCUAAGUAAGUGGUUGACUAAUCAAGAGGAGAAUUGGAAAGACAUGGAAGCGUCUGGCGAGAGAAUGGAUCUGUUUUCUCCAGUGUUAACUAGGAAGAGGGAGCAGUUUGAGACUGUGGCCCAGCUGAGUGACUCUCUGAAGGAGCAUGGGCUCACCGAGGAAGAGGAGACUAUCAAAGAAUCCACACAUCUGAUUGAUAGAUACCAGGCUUUAUUGAGACAAUUACAUGAAAUUGAGGAAGAGAAGCCACCAACUGCUGAAGACCAGAGCUUUAAUGAUCUUGCCCAUGAUGUAAUUCACUGGAUAAAAGAGAUUAAAGAGUCCCUUAUGGCUUUGAAUUCAUCAGAAGGCAAAAUGCCACUCGAAGAAAGAAUCCAAAAAAUAAAGGAAAUCAUUGCCCUGAAACCGGAAGGGGAUGCUAAAAUCCAGAUCGUGAUGAGACAAGCAGAGCACUGCGAGACCCCGCUGGCUCAGGAGACCCUGACGGACCUCGGCAACCAGUGGGACAACACGCUCCAUCUAGCCAACACAUACCUAAGCCAUCAAGAAAAGCUUGUACUAGAAGGAGAGAAGUAUCUGCAGAGUAAGGAGGACCUGAGACUGAUGCUCACAGAACUGAAGAAGCAGCAAGAAUCAGGCUUUGCUCUACAGCCUGGGUUGCCAGAGAAGCAAGCCCAGUUAAAAAUUUAUAAGAAAUUCCUCCAGAAAACCCAAGAUUUGACAUCCUUGCUAGAGGAGCUAAAAUCUCAGGGGAAUUACCUCUUGGAGUGCACUAAAAAUCCUAGCUUCAGCGAGGAGCCAUGGCUGGAAGUGAAGCACCUGCAUGAGAGCCUUCUCCAGCAGCUCCAGGUGAGACACAUGGGCAGAGGAAAUCUGUACGACAGGGACUGGGCCUUGACUGUGCCCAUGACAGCCAAGACAAGAGAUUCUUUUGCAGAACUAGUGCUUGGAGGUUGUUCUUUUGCUGAACCAAAGGCUUUCAAUGGGUUUCAGUUGUACAUGAAAAUACCAACUCCCAAGAAGGGAGGAAUCUCCCCCAACUACUUUUAA